AUGUUCGGAUACGAGUGUCUGUACUCCAAAAGUCCCCGCUCCUUCCUCUUCUCCGUUGUCGCCAAUGUCGGCCCCCACGGAGCCAGCCGCUCUCUAGCCGUGGCCUACCGGCAGGGCAACGAUAAGGACAUCUCAGUAUCAUCUUCGGAACGUGUUGAGAAUGUUGUGGCAGACAUCCUUGCGCUAAUCAAAAUAUUCUCAGAUCCCGCGAACCGCGCGCCACUUGAGGCGGAGAGGGCACUCGCGGAGGGCUGGUAUGGUCGGUCUCAGGGUGACAACGAGGCUGAGAGUAAUGAGCGGCCUAGCAUUCCAGACAGGCCGCAGCCUCCUUUCGUUAUACCUGAUGGCUCCCAGGAGGAAGAGCAGUCGCAAAUACAGCCCGAGCUGCCAUGGCAUGAUGAUGGGCUCAGCGAGUUUCCCUUUACAACGACCUGCCUUUUGCUGGCAUUAUUGCGCAACGAUGGCGAUUCUAAUGCCACUAAUAGCAUCAGCACGCGCCCCGGCGACGUUCAGCUCCAGCCGUUAUCCACUUUGUUCCGUGCUGACUGCCUCGAGUAUGGCCUUGUCGUUCUCGACAUCUCCGACCUUGAUAGCGGCGUCAAGUACGGCAUCGUUGGUUUCCCCGUGCGUUAUAUGGCCGAAGUCUCCUAUUGGUGUGAGACUGGUGGCUGGGAUCCAGUUGAAGACCCCCCGCCUGAGAAGGAGCCUGACACUGUACUUGCUAGCCCGCGGCCUCGAGUGCCGUUGGCUAUUUCUCCGUGGCUACGCAAGUACUUUUACCACAUGAACCUGGAAGAGGACCCCAAGUUCCUGAUACUGAAGAAUACGCCGAUUGUUUAUGCUGCAGCCUUAGACUACUUUUGGCCUUCAAAGUCCACCACUAGCGCUAAAGAUGCAUCGACCACAACACCCUCACGCUUGACUACGUCAAACGAGCCGCCGCGAAAUACGCACAUGGACCGCGCUAUCGAUAAUCUGCUGAUUCUCACACAGGAUCCCGCCGAUCUUCACCUCGAUGAGGAGACAAUCGACAAAUUUCAAAAGCUUGCCGAGUUCCGCGAGCAGCUGCGGCGGCGGCUCGAAGAGGUGCCCCAUAGCCUGAACCUCGCGCCUGCCGUGAUCGCUGCCGCGAUUGCAUCUGAAGAACUUCGAGGCGCGUCUGCGCUUAGUCUCUGCGUCGAUAAGUUCAAGGUGGAGGGAGACGAGGGAGACCUCAGUGAUCUAGUAGCGGCUCUGGCGCAGUCCAAGACCCUCAAACAGCUCUGUUUUGUCCAAGGACCGGACAGGCACAGCGAUGACGCCUCUGCUCGUUUUUUCACGCAGCUGCUACUGGGGGGGACGUCAUCAGGAGGUUCAUCAGCAGACUUGGCGUGGCUCCGCGACAGAAUCAUCUAUCCGACUUGCGCCUUUUCGACAUCCUUGCGCAGCCCUAAAUUCACAUCGCCCUCGGCUACUAUUUUCACUCACUCUUCCCCCGUUGCCCAAAUAUUUCCUGUGAUGCACAUGCUCACAUUUGUGGGUCAUCAGCGCGAAGAUGCCGCAGACGCAGACCACCAGAACAGUCACUAUUACGACAUGGGCAACACCCUUCUAGACCCCGAGCGCUUUGCCGUCCGAUUUCUAUCAUACCUCCGUUCCGUGGGUUCGGGUUCUGACAAGGCCAUCUUGCGAUUCGCAUGCGGGGAAGUCUCCUCGUCACUCACCACCACCAACGACGACAUAGCGUCGCCACCAUCUGUAUCACCAGGACGGUUCGCUGUGAGCCCCAUUCCCACUGAAUUCUUUGGCAGCCACCUCGCAGCAAGUGAUGAAUCAAGAGUCGGAGCCAGAGAUAUACACCCUGGCAGCUGGAUGCUCCUUCUGAAUCAACAAGGCAGCAUUUCGAGUGACGACGAUGAUAUCUUACUACAAUACUCAUUUGUCAGAACUCGUCCAACCUCUGCCGAGAUUGCACACGAGCAACAACAACAACAAAUACCCGUUUUUGACCCUAGUCUUGUCGAGGUAGUUGGCGGGCUAACAGAGUUCCUGCGCGAGACGGUGCCAGGGAUAGACGUUUCGAAGUACGAGAAAAGGGUCGAGAGAGUAGAGGAGGACCUCCGCACGCAGCGGGCUUCCAUGAAACCGAGGAAAAGCCGUGUCCGUAUCGGCGUCAUGCAUGAGAGCGAUCCCCGUAAAUUGCUUACUCAGUUUCUGUGA